UCCCGCUCCGGCCUUUGACGGCUGCGUCGCGGCCGUUCGCUCAGUCAUCGCUCGGUAGGCGAAGCCGGCACGCCGUGGAUGAGCGGUCGCGCGCGCGCGAAAGCUCGCCGAAUCCUGAGGAUUCGUAAAUUCGGCCCUCUGGACGGGCGGAAAGAGGAGGCACCUCGACGGAAACCCUCGGUUUCCGGCCGAUCCGUCAAGGACAAUGUCUCCCCGCGGCGGCAAGUGUACGCGUGUCAACAAACUGGCUGGCAAAGGUGGGCGCGCGCUUCGCGGCCAUCAACAACAUCAUCAUCAUCAUCAUCAUCAUCGGUAUCGAUCCUCCUCGAACGAGCCGUCGGCGGAACCGGUGAAGGAAACGACGGGCAUCGGCCUGUCCAGCAAACCCAGCACGAAAACGACGACGACCACGACCACGACGAGAACAGCCAAUAAGUCUGCGGUGGCGGCGUGCGAGGGUCGAUCGCCGUGGGCGGCGCGCAUGCGCCAGUCCCUGGAGAAUGGCCUCGAGCCCCAUGAAAACGGCACCCUGGCGCAAAGAUGCUCGGCGAGACGGCACCGCGAUCAGAUCGACGCCACCAACGAGGCCAACAACGAUCGACUCGACGAGACGACCCACGGAGAUGGUACUGUAUCCUCGUCGACGCCUUUGUCUUCGCCGGCGCUCUCCUCCUCCACGGACGUAUCCUUCAGGUGCUCCACCUCCCCUCCAUCGACCGUUUCCUCGCCGACGCGCUCGACUUCUUCGACUUCCGCGUCCGCGGUCUCCCACGAGAAACCGUCCGAGAGCCACAGGCCUGACAACAAAUCGGUGGACUCGGGUCGGCACAGUGAACAGGAUCGGAUCCGAAAGCGGAAGCAGGAGAGACAGUGUGCCACGAGGUCACGGGAUAGCAGAGGCUCGCCGGAGAAGUCCUCCGUCGUGACCACGACGACGAUCUGUGCACCAUCGUCCGCGAUAUCCUGCUCUUCGCCGUUCUCCUCCUCCGUGUCCACCACGUCCGAAAAGGUGAACGAGCAGCUCGCACAUGUCAACGCGAGAAGCUGCCCGUCCUCGCAGGCGUCGGCCGUAGAGGCUCUCCGCAGUGUCCUAGAAAGCUACAGCCGUAACAGAAUCUACCUUGCACAUGUGUCUUUCUUGGAUUGGCGGGACUUGCCGGGACGGCGGCGCGCCACCGUCGCCACAGCUGGCAACGCCGAGAGAGUGUGGGUGGUGGGGGCGGCUGAUCACGAAGGACACCACAGAACGCGACUGUUGGUAACUGGUCGUCACUGGCGACCGCGUUGCCUCACACGAGUAAAUAUGUUGAGCCAACCGGUUAUCUACGCUGGCGGCGGAAGAGGCUCCCUCACCGUCGAUCUUUUCUUAUGGUGGUUCCACAAGGAAUUCGCGGUGACAGCCAUGGCGAUGCAUCCGGACGGCGCGGUGCUGGUCGCCGAGACCGCCGAUUACCUGCCGCCCGAAGCCGACUGCGUCGCGGCCGACGGUUUGGUCAGGUUGUUCGUGGUACCCAAGGACUGCCUGGAAACGGGGAUCGUCGUGAAGGAGAUGAGAGUCAGAUUAGCUACCGGUGUACUUUCCAGAGCCUCCUACGGCGUCCACCAGAACACGGCGUCCGCGGAAGACGAUGCUUUGAACGUCUUCCUCAGGAGGUUCACCCUGAAGGAAGCUUUCGCCGAUCUCCACAGAGCCUGGCUGAGCGUGAGGUCGGAAACGUUCGCCAGGAGUUGGAUCCCCGCUCACGAGGACAACUCGGUCGGAUGCUCGAACCCUGGGCCGAGUUUGUCCUCCAGGGUACAGGUGUCAGCUGAUCACGAGGAGGACAGGAUUCUGCUGAUCGAGUUGCAGAGUUUAGCCAGGGAAGUGGGUCUGGAGGUCAGCGACGAGGAGCUGAGCAAGUGGAUCCUCGACGAGGAGAGCGAGCUGGCGCGUUGCGUAAGGAAGAAGGAGCUCGAGGAGGAUCAUUGCCGCGUAAAGAUCGAAGCCGAGGAGAGGUGGACCGAUUAUGGGGAGGAAGACGCCCAGGAGGAUGAGGAGGAGGAGACACCCGAAGACGAGCCCACCGCGGAAGAGGCGGUCGGUCUGCUGUCGAGGGUGCUGACUUGGAUGGAAAGGGAGCCUCUCGAUCCAGGACUAUUACUCGCCGUCAGAUCGAUGCGCGAUACCGCCGCACUCAUGGCAAGCAAGAUGGGCCUGGCAGGGACACAUCCAAGCGGGCUGCCAUUCUUCUGCCCAAACGGGGACCAUCUAACUCAACCACCACCUGCCCAUAUGGGAAUACCACCGUACGGGACAUUGGAUGCGGGCAAAGCGGCCGCAGCGGCCGGUGAGUACUGGUCAUCAGCCACCCCUGGACAACCACCCACCCACCCCGAACACUGGAAACGUCUUCUAGCUGCGGCAGCCUCCACAGGUCUGACGAGAGCGCCGAUGUAUCCCUUCUCCACGGGUCAAUAUCCGUACCCCAUGCUUAGCCCGGAAAUGACGCAAGUCGCUUCCUGGCACACACCAAGCAUGUACCCCAUCUCCCCGGCAAGCGCUGGUUUCCGUAGUCCGUAUCCCACGAGUUUGCCAAUCACAAGUUCUAGUUUACCAAGUGAUCUUUACCGGUUUUCGCCGACGGGCCUGAUGCCCCCGCAUCCUGGACUGAGUCCACACGCACACGCGCUAACGUCUCACGCAUUGGUGCCCUCGACGCCGAAAACAGACCAUUCCUCUUUGGAUCACAAUCACAGGUCUACGGUAGAACAGAAGAAUUCCACAUCGCUGGUGAAUCCGGACAACGGGAAGUCUGUGGAUUCGUCACAACAGAAUAACCAAGAUAAAAAGAAACCCCAUAUAAAAAAGCCUUUGAACGCAUUUAUGCUGUACAUGAAGGAGAUGAGGGCGAAGGUCGUGGCUGAGUGUACCUUAAAAGAGAGUGCUGCUAUCAAUCAAAUAUUGGGAAGACGAUGGCACUCGCUAAGCCGGGAGGAGCAGGCGCGGUAUUAUGAGGCUGCCAGGCAGGAGCGCCAUCUUCAUCAGCAACGAUAUCCCGGCUGGAGUGCCAGGGAUAACUACGGAUACGGCAGCAAGAAGAAGAAGAGGAAGAAAGAGCGCUCCGCAGAUCCCACCGGAGGUAACAACAUGAAGAAGUGUCGCGCCAGGUACGGAUUAGAUCAGCAAAGCCAGUGGUGCAAGCCGUGCAGACGUAAGAAGAAAUGUAUCAGAUACAUGGGGGAGGGAGGAGACGGCGACGGCGAAGGUGACGGCGAAGGCGAGGACGAUCACUCGGAGGACAACUUGGGCAGCGUGGGGGAGGCAGGCACUCCCGAAGAGGACGAGUCCCUGAGCAGUCCCGGGGGUUUGUCCGCGUUGUCUAGUCUGGCCAGUCCGUCGCUGGUGUUACCGUCGCCCUCGAGUCUGGCCAGCCCGUGCCCGUGCCCUCUGACGCCCCCAGUGCCGCCUCCGCCCCUGUCCAGCAACCCGAACAACCAGCAGCACAACCAACCGGCGCAGCUGCCGCCCCCGCACCGCAACCCCGUCGGCACGAAUCCCCACGAUAUCAACAAUCCCCUUAGCGUGAACCAACUGACCGGACAGUGUAUAAAGAGUGAAGUGGUGCCGGCACCGUCGGGCACGUCUAAUCCGGCGAUCAGUGUUACGUAGCCCCGGCCGGACCCACGUGACAAGACUGUUGCAAUACACCGUGUCAUCCGCAGGGUCCGUGUACGUGUACAGACGGGAAGUACGCUGAUGGCCGUCACAGACAUUCGGGGAACAGAGAAAGCGGCGGCGUGCUGGUUGAUUUUCGUCGUGAUCCUCCACGAGCCGGGAAGACACCCUCCUCUGAGCAGCAAAGUCUUUCCGGGAGACUGGUCGUAGAGUUCGAUCAUGACGACGGUCCGAGGAGCAGCUUCUGGCUCCGUGAACGUCGAGUCUUCGUGGAUAGGGACGACCUUUGGGCGGACAUACCGGAAGCUGGACCGGUCGCUCGACUGAAUGUCGGACUCACGAGUAAUUGUGUCUGGGCCUCGCCGCGCUCGUUCGCCAGGUUUUACGCCCGGUGGCCCCGACUGCAGUGUGGGUCGCCGGGCAACGGACGUUCAUGCGUGUAACGGAAGAACGAACGAACAAAUACGAGAAACACGAACAAAUUGAAGAUGAGAAAUACUCAGGACCAAGUGUCUGGCUGUAGUCACCCGCUCGAGGAAAUUUUGCGUGCUAGAGAAAUUAAGAGCAUCUGUGGUGGUUUCUUGCGUGCAUGAUCUGUGUGUCAGGGAGAGAGAGAGAGAGAGAGAGAGAAAGCGUGAGAAAGAGAGCUAGUGUAAGAGUAAGUAAGGAUAGACCGGCGAGAAGAUGCGCGUGACACAGCUUGUAGUCCUUGUUACGUUGUGAUGCCAAUGACUGAGAGGUCAUGUUCCUGUGCCAGGUACUAUAUUCUAUAAAGUAAUUAUACCGCAAACGUAUAAGCUAAAGGUAACACGAGCAGAAUACGUGCGAAUGUGAGAGAAAGGCAGCGUGAACGUAACAUGUGCGACAGGAAGGGAGAAAGAAGCUGGACGGUGGUGUACGAAAGCGGGAAUGAGAGAAAGAGAGAUUGAAAGAAAGAAAGAGAGAGUGAGAGAUAGAUAGAUAGAAAGAGGAUCGAAGACGAUGAUAAGUCGUAGAGCGAGACAUUUUAUUGUCAUUCAUUUAUUCGACCUCACGGUGUCAAGAUACCUAUCUUCUGUAUGUAAUUUGUUAUUUUUUUAAAAGUCUAUACACAGUGCGAUUAAUUAGCGUGUAAGAUUUCUUUCGUUUAAGCCCCCCAUACUUUUAGAUCGUGGCCCCUUGCCCUCCUUCUACCGGAAAAUUUUCGAUUAUAUCUGAUCUUCGUCGUUGCAUUCUUGUACGACCUACCCUUUCUGCAUUCGACGAUCAUGGUCGACGACGAGACUAAUCUGCUGAAAGUCAAGGUCACUUCGACGAACGACUCGGUGAUCUAGAACAUGACCGAUUCGUUUGACUUUCGAUGCUAUCGUAACGUGAUCGAAGAAUGAAACGGCAAUCGUAGGAUUUAUUCGCGGGAGCUUUGCAAUCCAUGAAACGUGUCCCGAUCCGCGGAUCUCCAUCGCAUAAUACGAUAUAAUAUACGAAGCUAUCUAGGUGAAAUCUCUCAGGAAUAAUCUGUCCAAACUCGAAAUCGAAAAUCGAAAUCCUUCGUG